UGCUUCACCAUUUUGCCCACACCUGCAAGCAAGUGACUCCAUCUACUGUAAAAUAAAUCAAUGAACGAAGUACACAAAAGAGUGUAUACAAAAAUGUAUAUUUCACGAGGGAAAUAUAGUUUGCAUUCACUGAAACACUCAGGCUUCCCUGACACUGUCUGUGAGGACUGACUGAGCAUUACCAGGCUAAUUUGGAAAAACUCUUCUAUCACUCAGCUUCACAUCACUCCUUGCGUCACGUGGUGCGCCUCUGACUGGGUGGUGGGCGUGUCUUAAACAGUGGGGUUUCAUUCAUAAAUACGUUUAGCUUUAAAAUCCACAUUAAAGUGUUCACAGAAGAGUUUCAUGUUAUUGGCUUUGCCCUUCCACCCCUGCAUGGACCCGGCCAGUUGAGUAGCCAUGCAGCACUGCCGUCCUGUUGCUCCGAGGCCAGUGGGCCAGUCCUGAGGGGGAACAGUGCUGCUCAGGCUCAGUCAGCUGGUUGGGCUGAGGUGGCCGAGAGGAUGCAGCAAGGGAGCUGAGGAGGAGACUCCUGAGCCACUGCCUGACACACACAUCCAGAGCUGCUGCUGCGCACUGCCCUCCAUCAGGGGGGACUCUCUAGUUGGCCUGGACCAUGAGCAAUGAGUCUACCGUCUGGAACAUCCUACCAGAAAACUCUACAGAGAUCCCAUUCGAGGCCGCGGAGCAGCAAGAUGGCUAUGUGCUCCUCCUGGUGAUCUUCUCCAUCUUCCUGGUAGGAACGGUGACCUUCAUCUCUGUCUUCCUCAUCGCCUGCCGCCGCUGCUGUCGAGGAGGGCAAUGCUGUGCCAGGGCCAGCGAUGACCCUGAGAAAACCAACACCACCUACGUGGAGGACUCUCAGCCCACCCAUGAAAUCACCAUCAGGGUGGAUGAGUCAGAGUGCCUGUCAAUGGCCAGCUCUCACGACCAGGAGACUGAGCGCUUCCUCUCUACGGGCACCACAGGCCGCCGCGUCUCCUUCAAUGAGGCUGCGCUCUUCGAUCAUGGCAAGAAGGCCCAGGAGAAGGGCCGCAGGUACACUCUGACAGAGGGCGACUUCCACCACCUGAAGAACGCCCGGCUCACACACCUCCACAUCCCUCCCCCGGGCCUCAAGAUAGUCACUAUCCAUGAGUGCGACUCGGCCGAGAACAGCAUAACCAUGACGGCGCGCCCUGUCGCUAAGUCAGCACUUUCCAUCUUCCAGCCGAUGCUGUGCCCCCUACCACAAACGGCGUUGACCAGCCUGAGUGUCAAUCCCAGCUGUGCCCUCCCCGGAGAUGCUUUUAACUCUGUGGUGGACACCAGCUUCAGCAAGAACACUAUUGCUCUCAGCGUUAAAGAGCCAAGCUCCAGCUCUAUCGAGAUGAUGGGAGCGGGGCCCCGGGGCAGAUGCAGCAGUGUCAGUGUUGGAGAAGGGGCCGCGGUGAGGAGCGGUGGUGCCCCUCACGCUGGCGGCAGUGCAGGAAGCCAGGGGCCCGUGCUGCAGUUCUUCACUAAACUGCGGCGCCAUGCUAGUCUGGAGGGGGCCAGUCCCUACUUCAAGAUCAAGAAAUGGAAGCUGGACAGCAGCCAGAGAGCCUCAAGUUUGGACACCAGAGGCUCUCCAAAAAGGAGACAGUUCCAGCGCCAGCGAGCCGCCAGCGAGAGCAUGGACCAGGACGACAACGACGCGCACCACAUAGACCUCAUCCAGUACAUCGCCCGCACCCAGGACAUCACCUACUGUCCCAGCCACCCCACUACACGCCUCCUCUCGCCUCCAUCCACACCACCCCCCUCCCUCGGCAGGGUAGAGGUAGAGGUGAUGGUGGAGCCCAGCUGCAGCCAUGGAGGACCAGGGGUGAUUGGCCUGUCCCCUGAUCCCCAAGACGAAGCACUGCCCCUGGCAAGAAGGGAAGGUGCAGACCCUUCGGACCCCCUAGAACCCCAGGACCCCCAGUCCCAUUACAAUGACAUCUGGACCCUACGCGCGACACUGGAACAAUACGCCGCCUCUGAUCAGAGCAGCAACAAUGACAGGAACUCUGUCUGCAGUGAUGCUGAAAGUGUGUGUUCGCUGGGCGUGCGCACAGAGACAGAAAGAGGAAGGUUGCUCAGCUACCCGUCCCAGGAUUUAGGGGAUGAGGCAGAGGGCGGCGAUGAUGACAAGGACAUUUCGAUGUAUAUGGAUGAGAGGUUGGGGGUGAAGGAGGGAAGAAAGAGGAAACAGGAAAGCACAGAGUCAGAGCGAGGGAGCAGCGACGGAGAAACAGGGACUCGUAAAUUGCUGCAGAUGGACAGCGGCUAUGCGUCGAUAGAGGCUCCUUCUCGUGGUCCAGAAGACCUGCGACUGUUUGGGAGCUUUAGCAGCAGCCCUAAGGACAGAACCGCCCACGAGAAAAGGCACCACUUUACCAACGCAGGGCGGACUGGCACUGUCGGCGAGAGCUUUGAGUCUCAUCUCUUCGAGGAGGAGCCUGAGGAAGAGUUGUUGUUGGGUGCCAGUGGAGGAGUUUCCGUAGAAACAAGUGCUGGUUCACUGAGCUGGUUCCCAUAUGGUCAGAUGCUCACACCGCGAGAGGCUGCGCAGCCUUCACCUCAACCGCCGGCGCUGCACCGGCGAGAUUACAGCAUAGACGAGAAGACGGACGCCCUCUUCCACGAGUUCCUCCGCCACGACCCUCAGUUCGACCAGCAGGAGUCACCGCUAAGGAAGCACCGGUCCCGAAUCCACCUCCGCAAGCAGUGGCAGCGGCACAAGCAGUGGAGUGACCCUGGUGUCAGACACUUCCAGUCCUCUUUUGACAGACAGCGGACCCCGCUACGGAGGGGUGAGAGUGUGAACUACCCACUGGACACAAGUUACCACAGCACGCUGCCCCGCAUUGUCAGUGCUCCAGACGAGGAGACCAGCGACGGGACCGGCAGCACUCCUGAUACUCCGAAGGAGCCCACGAAUACUAAGAGUGGGGGCAAGGACAGGGAGCAGAGUGUCACUGUCAGAGACUCUGGGGACCAUGCCUCCUCCUCCUCUCCUCCACCACCUCAUCAUCCCUUCAUCUCAGAGAAAGAUGAAAGGCUGGGGGCGCACCACGAGCCUCAGGAGGACAGCAAACAGUCUGGACUCCCUCCCGAGCCCCCGGACGAGCGCUUGCCCCCUCAGCUGUCCAACUCCUCAGGCUACGGCCCGCAGACCAUCACAGCAGAGCUCACAGACAAACUGGCUGCUAACCUUGAUGAGAGGCUGUACACGGGCCUUCGCAGGGCCAAGGACACAGCCACUGAGUGCGUGACGGUGGCGGCCACACACACUUCUCCGGACCACAGCCCAGUGUAGCAGGGCUUCAGUCGUCCUCCUCGUCAAACUCACUCCUGCUGAAACACACGUUUCUUCCCGUUUUGAUGCGUCUCGCCUCCGUUUUAAACUUCUCUGUGUACAGCUUGAAUGGUGUGAUCCAGGCCCAUUAACACACUAUGAAAAGUAUGCUUUAAAUCAUCAUCUUACAUACAACUGAUGCACUAGAAAUGCAGCCAGUCUGUCUGUCUUCACGCCUGUUAACAUUACAAAGCUCUUCAACGUUUUACAUUUUUCAUUGAUGUAGAAAGAUUCAUUUCAAAAUAAUAGACAUAGCUAACAUAUCAAAAACCAGAUGGUUUUAGUAAUAAUUGUUUCUGUGUCUAUUUCCAUCUCUACUGCUGCCUUCCUGUCUCUGCUCUCCAGUAUGAUUAAGUGAAGCUGAGGGCUAAUAUGGCCUCUGUACUUGUUGAUCCACUGUGAAACCAGGUGCUAUUAGAGGAGUAGAAAGCUAUAGUUCUGGACGCAACAGCUAGUCGCACGAUCAUGCAUUAGUGGAAAAAUAAGUCGCUUUUAUCACUAUUUAUGGGCUACAAAAUGAUUUCAAAUACCAACAUUAAUCAAUUAAAGCUAUAAGAGGCAUACUUAAGUUGUUGACACUGGAGGUUUAGAUCAGUAGUUCCCAACCUGGAGGUCCCAAGAGAAAUCUGAUUAUAUGUUUCUAUUACUAUUUAGUUUGGUUUUGUCUUAAGCAAUCAGUACUUAAGGACCACUCUGUCCCACUAACGCCAUUUUCAGUCAACGUGGAAGCUAUGAUAGCGAUUGCUAGGAGCAGUUAAGGUUUGAUUGAUGAAAUAUGUCUAUGUACAAUAUAAUAGUUAUUAUAUAAGUCGACUUACAACAACCUGUACAGCUACGUCAUCUCAUCCAUGCUUGUUGCCAUGUUUCAUGGAUGUAGCUAGGUAACUAGCUAUGUAGGAAGAUAAUGGCCCCAUUCUUAAUCCCGCCCACAAAGCUCUGAUUGGUGCAUUGUUUCUCCAAUUGUGGUAAACACCCCUCAAGUCAUUAGGUCAUUGGGUCUCAAGUAGACAUUAUUUGAUUUUAAGGGGCCACAAGCCAAAAAAGGUUGGGAACCACUGGUUUAUAAUAACAGUUAGCAAAGGCCAGGACAGUUCUCAUAAAGUGUUCUUUUGAAAAGGAAGAUAUCCUUUGAUCCUAACUGUGGGUCAUGAUGACUGGUCACGACGUUUGUUGUUUUUGACUGAAAAGGCUUUUCAGCUAUGUGACAACUUUGUGUUGUUUAUUCUUUAUUUUAUUUUAUGAAUUGUAAUAUAUUUUUGAAGGUCUGCAUUGCUUAAAUGACAAUGAAAACUGAGAGUGUGGCAGGUUUGAAGAGGACAGGUUCAGAACUAACAAACCAGACAGCCACUAGCACUCCGGUCACAGAUAUCACAGUAAUCUCCAUAAACUAUGACUCUUAGUGCUCUCUUAGUACUAGUGACAUGAACUCUGUCCUAACAGGGAGAACAAACUCUUGUGUCUUGUCUUGUCUCUCCUGUCUUGUGCACAGGUUUUACAGCCACGAGGUGGGCACUUACAUUUAAGCUAUUAGACAAGAUGGCUGCCCUCAAAGACGUUUGGUGUUUAUUUAAUUUAUAAGAAAGGCAUGCUUUCUUCUGCAUGCGGCUCACAGAACAGGCUUUAUUUGUCCGCUUCUGACAUUCUUGUUUUCCCCUCUUCCUCUUUUUCUCCUGAGAAAGUUGACAGUGCAGUAGAUGUCUCCCGCGGGUGGGGGGGCCGAGGACUUCACAUCCUGCCGGCUUAUAAAACCAGACCGAACAAAGAGCCACUGCCAUUCAAAUGAAACCCUGACAGCAGAUUAUGGCCUGAAAAUCCAUUUUUGCUCACAGAUCUCUGCUUUUACAGUACAUCUUCAGCGGUAGCAGCAGGUUGAUUGUAACCCAGUUACGCUCCUAAAAUCUCAUUCUCAGAGGGGGCUUUUGGGCUUUCCGUCUCUCCCACGUGCAGUGAGGGGAACCACUGCAGAAGAUGGUGUUGAAUAUAAAUCAUAACGAGCGAAGGAUUUCCGCCUUUCAUCCCCAGUCUCCCUUUCCUCAUUCUUUCAUGCAGUAAAUUGAAAUCACCGAAUAGAAAAUGGGGGAGAAAAAAAUCAUUAUCUUUCUCUUUUUGUUUGGGUGUGAUGCUCCUUUCCAGCCUGCCAAGAUUAGAUCUCUCUCUUUCUGCUGCGUAACAGGAGUCUCCUCUUGUGGCUAAGUGCAGAAGCUGUGUUCCUCAUUAUGACUAACAACUGAGAUAAAAGGAGGUGAAUUUAAAUAAGGAGCAGAUGUGAUGUAGAUGUUUUUUUCUUUUUUUUGCUCCCCUUUCUUUCACGAUACCCCCCCCCCCCUCCCCACAUACUGUGCAUGUGUGAGAACAUGCACAGUAUGUCACCAUGAAGAAACACAAUGUGCUCUGGCUCUUUGCAAUCAAACCACGUUCUUUUCAUGACGGCACUAAUAUGCAGAAAGGAAAUGAAAUCCCCCUCUCAGUUAUAAUGGAACUGAUGCAUCCCUGAUGAUAAUAGUUACUCAGCAAAUUCUGACUGGGCUUUUGAAAAGGGGAAGACAGCUGCUUUUUUUUUCCAAAGAUCAAAAGCUAUAAUGUCUUCGAGCUGAGUCAGUAUAGAGAGAUGACGACAUUACAGCAACUGCAACUGUGUUGCAGUCGAGUCACCAAUUGUCGAGUUUGAGUCAAGUCUCGGGUCCAGUCGACUCCAGAGAAUAGCGACUCGAGUACUCCAUCACUGCCUAUUACACACAUACACAAAGUCAGAAACUUCAUCCAACUUCCGAGUCAAAUUUCAUAAAUCCUUGAGUCCGAGUCAUCAGUGCGCAAGUCCAAGUCGAGUCCUGAGUCUUGAGAAUAGCGACUUGAGUCAGACUCAAGUCUGAGUCCAGGACUCGAGUACCCCAUUACCGUAACAAUUGAAAGAAAAUGGCCAUAGGGGUUGAUUUUCCGUGUGUACAACGAUUAAACAUUGCUGUGUAUACAAGUACAAAUGUCACAGGAGCUAGACUAAAUGGGUGUCCUUUAUUAGGUUUAGACAGAUGCUGUAUAACUGGGGACACUGUGGUCAUUGGUGUUUGUAUACUAACCAGUAGCCUGUCAAAUGCAUUGAUGCAUAGCUGUGUGUAGGUCUGCAUGAGAGUUAACAUUUUAGUACAUAUCUUUGUUUUCUCAGACUUACGGUACAAAAUGGUCCAGAGUUAUGGCUCAUUUGUUAAAAGGUUGGUAUGACUAGAGAUUUUGUACUUUAAAGAGUCAUGCUAGGAUGCUGUAUGCUGAUGAGAUUUUGUGAGAUUUUUCUCUUUGAAAGUAGAAGUAUUUCUGUAUUCCUUGCUUGUUAGUAAACCGCUUUAUUUCUCAAAGAAAAGAAAAAAAGACAAGCUUUCUUAACAACUUUGCUUUUGUUGAUCCAAUCUAUUGAGCCUUGAGGGACCAAACUAUAAAU